ACUGUCAUUAAGCACAUUAAUACAUGGUUAAUUAAUUCACAAAAAUUACGAUAAUGUGUGUUUCUGAACGAGUACGUUGGAUCUAUCUAACUCCAAAAAUCUCACUCUUUUUCUCUCAUCUUCUAAAAACCUUAACUCUAAACUCACACAUUUUUCUUAGAUCUAAUGAAAAAAAAUUGAUGUAACAGUAACAUUGUAUUAUAUUUUACUAUUCAUCAUGCACACGAGAAAUCAUUGGGGAGGAUCAUUUGAAAUAAGCACCAGUGAAAUAACCUCCGGCUACGAGACCAGCCGCGCCGGAGAUCAAUGGGAUAAGGCCGCAUUGCUCGAUAGCGGCCAUCAUGAUCUUCGCGGCGGAUUGGACGAGACGUUACAAGGCUGGGUUCUUGAAAGGCCUGGUAGUGACAAGAAGAAGCAUAAGUACGUCGAUAUUGGUUGCAUGAAGUUGAGUCAUAAGGCACUGAAAUGGAUUUUCGGUAUUUUGUUCGUUGGGUUUUGUGUGAUUGGGCUUCCGAUUAUUGUUGUAAAGUAUUUGCCUAAGCAUCAUUCUAAAGACAUUCCACCGGAUAAUUAUACUCUCGCUCUUCACAAAUCACUUCUCUUCUUUAACGCGCAGAAAUCUGGGAGAUUGCCAAAGAACAAUGGCAUUCCGUGGCGAGGAGACUCGGGGUUACGAGAUGGGAAAGAAUUGGAUGAUAAAAAAGGACUUGUUGGUGGUUAUUAUGAUGCGGGGGACAAUGUGAAGUUUCACUUUCCUAUGUCAUUUGCUAUGACAAUGUUGAGUUGGAGUGUGCUUGAAUAUAAGCACAAAUAUGUAGCGGUUAACGAGUAUCAUCAUGUAAGAGAACUUAUUAAGUGGGGUGCUGAUUAUUUGCUACUAACCUUCAAUAGUUCCGCGACCAAAAUUGAUAAAGUUCAAGCUCAGGUUGGCGGAUCUCUUAAUGGUUCUAAGACACCGGAUGAUCAUUACUGUUGGCAAAAACCAGAAGACAUGAGCUAUCCGCGACCGAUGAUAACUGUAUUUGCAGGACCUGAUCUUGCAGGAGAGAUGGCAGCGGCAUUAGCAGCAGCGUCUAUUGUUUUCCAAGACGAAUCCGCUUACUCCAAGAAACUCGCCAAAGGAGCUGAAACAUUGUUUUCAUUUGCAAGAGACAGUGGUAAAAGAGCAUCCUACAGUCGCGGACAACCUUACAUUGAACCUUAUUAUAACUCAAGUGGUUACUAUGAUGAGUAUAUGUGGGGCGGUGCUUGGCUGUUUUAUGCUACUGGAAAUACUAGCUACAUUUCAUUGGCAACGAAUCCUGAUUUACCGAUGAACGCCAAUGCGUUUCAUAUGAAACCUGAUUUGAGUGUAUUGAGCUGGGAUAACAAGUUACCUGCUGCAAUGUUGUUGCUGACAAGGUUCAGGAUGUUUCUUAAUCCUGGUUACCCUUAUGAAGAUAUGUUGAGUAUGUACCAUAAUAUUACUAGUCUUACCAUGUGCUCUUAUCUACAUCAAUUCAAAGUCUUUCAAUGGUCUAAAGGGGGUUUGAUACAACUGAACCAUGGACAAGGUCAAUCUCUUCAAUAUGUUGUCAAUGCGGCUUUUAUGGCAUCACUUUUUGCUGAUUAUAUGGAAGCCAUAGGUGUUCCUGGAUGGAAUUGUGGCCCUAAUUACAUUCCAAGGUCUGAUCUCAAGUCAUUUGCAACCUCUCAGAUGGAUUACAUCAUGGGUCAAAAUCCAAUGAAUAUGAGCUACAUAGUUGGAUAUGGCAAGAAGUUUCCAACUCAUGUUCAUCACAGAGGUGCAUCAAUUCCAAAUAAUCACCAAAAUUACUCAUGCACUGGUGGUUGGAAGUGGCGCGACACCCCUAACAGAAAUCCUAACAACAUCACAGGAGCAAUGGUUGGAGGGCCAGAUCGUUUCGACCAGUUUCACGAUUCGACAAAGAAUUACAACUAUACUGAACCAACUUUAGCUGGGAAUGCAGGAUUAGUAGCUGCUUUAGUUUCCUUAACAAAUACUGCUGGUAGCGGUGUUGACAUAAAUAGCAUUUUCACAUAUAUUCCACCAUUCGGGCCGAAAGACCCACCUCCACCACCCCCUUGGACACCAUGAUAUAGUCUAUCUCAUACAUUUAUCUUAUCCUAUUCCUUUUGUGUUCUAGAUAAUACUUCUCCAAUUUUCAACUUGCUAAUGCAUAUAGAUUCAUUUA